AUGUCUGUUUCUCAAAAACUCAUCGACAACCACCGCGAGCUCUUCGAGAAGGCAACGCAUCACAUGCUACCGAAGGAACUAUGCGCGGGCACACUACCUGACAAGGUCCUCUUCGUGUACCUAGCGCAAGACCUACAAUUCUUUCAAAGCGGGUUACGGCUUCUUACGAAAACUACUUCGUUGGCACCAGACAGCGACAGCUUAGUUACGCUUGCUAAGAAAAUUGGAUUUUUCGCCAACGAUGAGAACGACUACUUUUACAAAUGCUUGGCUGAAGUUAGCGAUAGUUUGAGUAGUUCGGACGGCGAACACUUCAGGACUAAUAAGCUGCCCCAAGUGGAAAGAUAUAUCGAUUACUUGGAGAAAUGUGCACGGAACGAAACGUCUUAUGCCAAGCUGAUCACAUUCGUGUACUGCAUGGAGUUGGUUUAUCUGGAGUGGCCUAUAUACUUCCCAAAGGCGGACAACCUGCACUGGAAACAUCAAACUUGGAUUGAUCUACACGCUGGCAGUCAUUUUGAGACCUGGUGUGAUUUUCUAAGAGCCGAGGUUGACAAAUGCGAUUACAACGAGGUAUCGGAGGUAUUCGAAAAGGUCUUGAAACUUGAAUAUGAGUUUUUUGAAGCCUGCUAUCAAUACUAA